AUGGCCAACGAUAGAUCUAAAAUUGAUGCAAACAUCUCUGAUAACACUACAGUUGAUGCUAACAUCUCAGAAAACACUACAUUUGAUGUUAACAACUCUGAUAACACUACAUUUGAUGUUAACAACUCUGAUAACACUACAGUUGAUGCAAACAUCUCUGAUAACACUACAGUUGAUGCUAAUAACUCUGAUAACACUACAGUUGAUGCUAACAUCUCUGAUAACACUACAGUUGAUGCAAACAUCUCUGAUAACACUACAGUUGAUGCUAACAUCUCUGAAAACACUACAUUUGAUGUUAACAACUCUGAUAACACUACAAUUGAUGCUAACAUCUCUGAUAACACUACAGUUGAUGCUAACAUCUCUGAUAACACUACAGUUGAUGCUAACAACUCUGAUACCACUACAGUUGAUGCUAACAACUCUGAUAACACUACAUUUGAUGUUAACAACUCUGAUAACACUACAGUUGAUGCAAACAUCUCUGAUAACACUACAGUUGAUGCUAACAUCUCUGAAAACACUACAUUUGAUGCUAACAUCUCUGAUAACACUACAGUUGAUGCUAACAUCUCUGAUAAUACUACAGUUGAUGCUAACAUCUCUGAUAACACUACAUUUGAUGCUAACAUCUCUGAUAACACUACAGUUGAUGCUAACAUCUCUGAUAAUACUACAGUUGAUGCUAACAUCUCUGAUAACACUACAGUUGAUGCUAACAUCUCUGAUAAUACUACAGUUGAUGCUAACAUCUCUGAAAACACUACAGUUGAUGCUAACAUCUCUGAUAACACUACAGUUCAUGCUAACAACUCUGAUAACACUACAGUUGAUGCCAACAUCUCUGAUAACACCACAGUUGAUGCAAACAUCUCUGAUAACACUACAGUUGAUGCCAACAUCUCAGAAAACACUACAUUUGAUGUUAACAACUCUGAUAACACUACAGUUGAUGCAAACAUCUCUGAUAACACUACAGUUGAUGCUAACAUGUCUGAUAACACUACAGUUGAUGCUAACAACUCUGAUAACACUACAGUUGAUGCUAACAACUCUGAUAAAACUACAGUUAAUGCUAACAUCUCUAAUAACACUACAGUUGAUGCUAACAUCUCUGAUAAUACUACAGUUGAUGCUAACAUCUCUGAAAACACUACAUUUGAUGCUAACAUCUCUGAUAACACUACAGUUCAUGCUAACAACUCUGAUAACACUACAGUUGAUGCUAACAUCUCUGAUAACACUACAGUUCAUGCUAACAACUCUGAUAACACUACAGUUGAUGCUAACAACUCUGAUAACACCACAGUUGAUGCAAACAUCUCUGAUAACACUACAGUUGAUGCCAACAUCUCAGAAAACACUACAUUUGAUGUUAACAACUCUGAUAACACUACAGUUGAUGCUAACAUCUCUGAUAACACUACAGUUGAUGCUAACAUGUCUGAUAACACUACAGUUGAUGCUAACAACUCUGAUAACACUACAGUUGAUGCUAACAACUCUGAUAAAACUACAGUUUAUGCUAACAUCUCUAAUAACACUACAGUUGAUGCUAACAUCUCUGAUAACACUAAAGUUGAUACUGACAACUCUGCUAACAUUAAAGUGGAUACUGAAAACUUUGAUAACACUGCAGUUGAUACUGAAAACUCUGCUAACACAUCAAUGGUGGAUACUGACAAAUCUAAGAAAACUGCAGUUUAUGCUGAUAACUCUGGUAACACCACAGUGGAUACUGAUAACUCUGGUAACACCACAGUGGAUACUGAUAACUCUGAUAACACCACAGUGGAUACUGAUAACUCUGAUAGUGACAACUCUGAUAACAAUACAGUUGUUACUGAUUGCUCUGAUAUUAUUUCUGUGGAUACUGACAACUCUGAUAAAAAUACUGUGGAUACUGAAAACUCUGAUAAUAAAACCGUGGAUACUGUCAACUCUGAUAACACUACAGUGGCUACUGACAACUCUGAUAUUAUUACUGUGUAUACUGAUAACAUUACCGUGGAUACUGACAACUUUGAUAAUAUUACCGGGGAUACUGACAACUCUGAUAACAAUACUGUGGAUACUGACAGUUCUGUGGAUACUUACUAUUCUGAUAUUAUUACUGUGGAUACUGACAACUCUGGUAACAUUACCGUGGAUAAUGACAACUCUGAUAACACUACAGUGGAUACUGAUAACUCUAAUAACAUUGCUGAGGAUACUGACAACUCUGAUAUUAUUACUGCGGAUACUGACAACUCUGAUACCAUUACCAUGGAUACUAACAACUCUGAUAACAUUACCAUGGGUACUAACAACUCUGAUAUCAUUGCCGUGGAUACUGACAAUUCUGAUAACAUUACAGUGGAUACUGAUAACUCUGUUAUCACUACGGUGGAAACUGAUAACUCUUAUUGCAUUACUGAGAAUAAUGACAAUUCUGAUAGCAUUACAGCGGAUACUGACAACUCUGAUAACAUUACCGUGGAUACUGACAACUCUGAUAAAACAAGUGGAUACUGA